AUGAUACACGAGUAUAAUCCGAAGAAAAGCGUAAACUGUCCCGUAGAAAUGAAGAUUGUGUUUACGGAUGAGAUACCAGUUUACCAGCAUCCGAGGCGCUUAGCGUUCAAUAAGAAAAACCGGAAAAAGCGGCUAUGUUGCGAUUAUCGCAAGUUGAAUGAAAAGAUAGUGCGUGACUUUCCGAUGGUGCAAAUGGACAGUGACAUUGAGAAGUUGCAGGGAGCACUGAUUUUUACUACGUUGGAUUUGACGAAUGGAUAUUUCCACAAAAACUCAGAAGAUCGCUUCUUUCAUCCUGUAAUUUACAUGAGUCGUAAAACAAAGCCUAGCGAGGCAAAGUAUCACUCGUACGAACUCGAAGUGCUUGCAGUCAUAGGAGCUUUGACAAAAUGGCAAGUUUAUCUCUUGGGAACGAAAUUUAAGAUCGUAACCGAUUGCAAUGCGUUCGCCAUGACGAUGAAAAAGAAGGAGGUGCCGUUGAGAGUAGCACGAUGGGCGAUGUUUCUACAAGACUUUGAUUACGAAAUAGAGCACCGCUCAGGUUGUGACAUGCGUUGUUCAGAAAAUCUGGAGCUCAAAGAGUUGGUGCAGCAGUCUGUUUUAGAUGAAUUGGAGGACGAACGUGAACGAUUAAGAAAGCAAGCUGGGGAAAAUAUAAAGGUAUUGCAAGAUGAGAAUAAACGAGCAUUUGAUUCGAAUAGAAAGGUAGAAGAGCGAUACAAGAUAGACGACUUGGUUGCGAUUAAGCGUACUCAGUAUGGAGUAGGGGAAGCUCAACGUCGUGGCCGAUGCACUAUCAAGGCAUCCUCUAGAGACCUGUCAGCAUGCAGUGGUGGCCGAGGCCCCCUGACGGCCCACCGGACGGACGAUGAGGACUACAUUCCCUGGAAGCUAUGUGUGGCUAGUGGUCACCGACAGAGGGUAUUGCAAGAAUGUCAUGAUGCUCCCACGGCCGGGCAUCAAGGCUUGAGGAAAACGGUAUCGAGGUUAGCCCAGAGGUACUACUGGCCGGGUAUGUUGAGCGACUGCGACCAGCGCACGGCUCGCCUGCGAUCGAACGUCAGG